AUGACUGCUUCUCUGAAAAAUAACCCAUUCUCUACUCAAAAGGAACUGCCACCAUAUAUUGGUGCAAACUGGUCAACCUUAGACUACGCUUACGACUUUCUAUCAUUUAUCAACAAAAAUCCCACCGAGUUCCACGCCACCCAAUACGUAGCAAAGGUCCUCGAAACACAUGGCUUUGUAUAUCUCCCUGAACGUUCCUCCUGGACCGAUGUCCCAGAGUUUGUUGCCGUAACAGCCAAGGGCUCUGGUGGCCGCUUCUACACCACCCGAAAUGGUACAUCGCUUGCGGCAUUUGUCGUGGGUCCAGACUGGGUCCCAGGUAAUAGCAUUGGUCUUGUAGGUGCUCACAUUGAUGCUGUCACUGCUAAACUAAAACCUGUGUCUCGCGUGGAAACAAGUGACGAGAAUGGUGCAUAUAUCCGAUUAGGGGUUGCACCAUAUGGUGGGGGUCUUAGUCCCGUGUGGCUUGACCGAGAUUUGGGUCUUGCUGGUAGAUUAAUUGUAAAAGAAGAACCUGAAGAAAAUGAAAAAGAAGAAGCAGCAUUAGGAUUAGGAUUAGGAGUGAAAAAGACUACUACCAUCAAGUCGAAAUUAAUCAAUCUGGACUACCCUAUUGCACGAAUCCCAACACUUGCACCUCAUUUCGGUGACGUUUCACGAGAAGCUUAUAAUCUUGAGACCCAAAUGGUGCCUCUAAUUGGGCUCGAAUCAAGCUAUGGGUCUGACUAUGACUUAGAGCCCAGUGAUGAAGAAAAAAAGAGUCCAAUUGUGCAUGACCAUGAUAUCCGGUUACUACGGGCAGUUGCAGAGGCGGCAGAUGGUAUUUCAGUGGGAUCCAUUUUACGUGCAGAACUUCAAUUGUAUAACUUUCAACCAGGACAGCUUGGUGGACUUGAAAGGGAAUUUAUUUUUGCGCCAAGAUUGGAUGACAAGUUAUGUGUGUAUGCGUCACUUCAUGGACUUUUGGCGAGUUUAGAUGAGACCCCAGCAGAUGUGGUUAGCAUGGUUGCUUAUUAUGAUGAUGAGGAAGUGGGUAGUUUGACACGACAGGGAGCUCGUGGAACUUUAUUCCAAACUGCAGUAGAACGACUUGCAGCUCAUUAUCCUGAGGGCACUGAUGAAGGGUUGAGAGCGACUUAUGCGAAUUCAUUUUUCGUUUCUGCAGAUACCACACAUGCUGUGAAUCCUAAUUUUGCUGAGGUAUAUUUGGAGCACCACAAGCCCAAGCUUAACACGGGUAUUACUAUCAAGUAUAAUGUCAAUAUGGCCAACACUACAGACAGCGUGAGUGCAUCAUUGAUUGAGGAAGUAUGUCGUCGGACUGGGAACAAGUGGCAGCGGUUCCAUAUUCGCAAUGAUUCACGAAGUGGAGGAACAAUUGGGCCUGCAUUGUCAGCUGCCACAGGGAUCAAGUCGCUUGAUGUUGGAAUUCCACAAUUGGCAAUGCAUUCAAUCCGAGCAACAACGGGGACACAAGAUCCUGGACUUGGAGUGAAGUUUUUUAAGGGCUUUUUCGGGACAUGGGCUACAGUUGAUGAGGAAUACAAGGCAGGUGGAUUGUAG